AUGGAAUUUUCCUCUUCUCAUGUUUGGUUGGAAGGUCGGACCGACAUUGGCAGGUGGCGACACUUUUUUCUAAAAACAUCUGAGCAGACACCAUUGUCUGCUUUGUAUGCAACAAAAAUAUUUCACGAGGCUGGACUUCAUUCGGGUGUUUUGAAUAUAGUGUCUGGUUUUGGUCCAACAGCCGGUGCCGCUCUAGCUAGUCAUAUGGAUGUGGAUAAGAUUGCUUUUACAGGUUCAACUGCUACUGGAAAAAUUAUCCUUGAACUAGCUGCUAAAAGAAAUUUGAAGGCUGCAACUUUGGAGCUUGGUGGAAAAUCUCCCUUUAUUGUAUGUGAAGAUGCUGAUGUAGAUCAGGCUGUUGAGUUGGCACACUUCGCCUUGUUCUUCGACCAGGGACAAUGUUGUUGUGCUGGCUCUCGAACAUUUGUACAUGAUCGUGUAUAUGAUGAGUUUGUUGAGAAACCAAAGGUCCGCACUUUGAAACGUGUUGCUGGAGAUCCAUUCAAGGCGGGAGUAGAGCAAGGUCCUCAGAUAUUGUUUGUUGUGGAAGAAACUGCGCCGAGUGGAAAUUCAGAGGUGCCUACGUCCGCUGUACCCAACAGUGUAUGUGAGAAAAUUGAUUUUUCAAAUUCUGAAGUUUGUGCUACAAAUAAUCACAGUGACAAUUUAUUAUUCAAGCAAUGGAAUCUAGGAACAAUACCUUUAUUCUCAUAUUGA